UUCCUAGAGAAUAAAAGCCGGAAGAGUGUGCAUUCGUGAUUUACGUCCCUUACUACAACUGUAUCAAAAGUAUAGUUCCUGCCGAAAAUGCAGUCCAACCGGAGAGAUAUACGACAUUGGUAACCGUUGACAUCUUGGAUGGUUGACAUAUUUUCCCAGUGAGAUGCAGGACUCCAGUCACUCUAAUGAAGGCCUGGAUGGAAAGGCACUGGAGACCAAUGAGCAGAAGACAAGUGUAGGAGGAAAAGAUGGAGAGAGCACUGAAGAUGGAUCAUUAGAUCUUUCAUCCUCCAUUGCAGUGAAAUCAACACCAUCAGACUCAAAUGGGGAUUCAACAGCAGAGGACCUGAGACAUUCGGGCAAAGUUGAAGUAAAUGAGGCAGGAGAUGCAGCAAUUGGAAUAGGAGGAGGAGUUGAGAAAGCUGGAGGAGUUGAGAAAGCUGGAGGAGUUGAGAAAGCUGGAGGAGUUGAGAAAGCUGGAGGAGUUGAGAAAGCUGGAGGAGUUGAGAAAGCUGGAGGAGUUGAGCAAGACACAGCAGGAGCCGGAGGGGCUGCUGCAACAGCAGACGCAGGAGAUCAAGAAGAACAUGCAACAGAAGGUGGAAAGCAUGCAGACACAGCUGUGCACAACGAUGCCACAUGGCUGACUUCUCUCCUGAAAACAGUAGAUGCAGAAACUGUGUGUGAAGAUGCAGAAGAGCCACUUUCAGUGCCUGCUGGACCAGAAACAGAAGCUGGAGGCGACACUGCCAUAGAACCAACAGAUGAAAACAUUGCAGCAGCAGAUGCAGCGCCUGAGGCAGGAGAUGCAGCAAUUGGAAUAGGAGGAGGAGUUGAGAAAGCUGGAGGAGUUGAGAAAGCUGGAGGAGUUGAGAAAGCUGGAGGAGUUGAGAAAGCUGGAGGAGUUGAGAAAGCUGGAGGAGUUGAGAAAGCUGGAGGAGUUGAGAAAGCUGGAGGAGUUGAGCAAGACACAGCAGGAGCCGGAGGGGCUGCUGCAACAGCAGACGCAGGAGAUCAAGAAGAACAUGCAACAGAAGGUGGAAAGCAUGCAGACACAGCUGUGCACAACGAUGCCACAUGGCUGACUUCUCUCCUGAAAACAGUAGAUGCAGAAACUGUGUGUGAAGAUGCAGAAGAGCCACUUUCAGUGCCUGCUGGACCAGAAACAGAAGCAGGAGGCGACACUGCCAUAGAACCAACAGAUGAAAACAUUGCAGCUGCAGAUGCAGCACGCGAAGGAGGGACAGAGGCCACAGCUGUGGAUGCUGGAGCAGAAGCAGAUGCAGCAAUUCAAAGUGAAGAUGCAUCAGACAAAAUAAAAAUAAAAACAGAGACCCCUCCUGCAGGAGCAGUACCAACAGCAGGAUGUGACACUGGUAUGAAGACAAGCCUAAAAGGUGAUGCCGAACUGAGAAAAAAAACCCAGGCUAAGGUGCAGGAAAGAACACAGACAACACAAACAACAGAAGUGGAAGAGACCGAUCAGAGAGCUCUUCCAGAAACAAAAUCAACACUACACGUACCGGUGGGGCUGGCUAUAGGAGCCGUGUUCAUAGCGAUCGCUGUGGCGGCACUGUGUUACCGGCCUGCUGCUGAGUCAAGAAAGCCAACCCUGAACAGAGUGGAAGUGUUCCAGGAGGAGAUGGUGAAGGUUGAGCAGAGCUUCCGCAAUCAGCGGUCAGAGCUUUGGCGGCGCAGCCGCAUACACCUCCAGCGCCACCUGAAUUCCACCAAGCCCAGCGAGCCGGUCAGCCUGAUCUUGGUGGGGGGCCGCAAAGCAGAGAGGACCCUGAAGUGCCUGGCUGUACGCCUGGCUGAAGCCUUCUCCUCGUCCCUCAAUGGAUCUGUGCUUCAGGUGGACGGCAGCAGUCUGGCCAACAUGGACCACGACAAGGUUAAGCUAGAUCUGGACAACCAGCUGAAAGAAGCCUUUAUGGGCGACAAGCCGGCUGCCGUCAUCCACCGCCUGGAAGAGCUGCCGCCGAGCUCCACGCUCAUCUUCUACCGCUACUGCGACCACGAGAACGCUGCCUACAAGGAUCCUUUCCUGGCCUUCACCAUGCUCCUGCCUCAGGACGCCGUGGAUCCAGGGUUCAGCAUGAGUCAAGUGGAAGACAUGGCACACAGCCACCUCCACCAAAAGUACCUGACCUCAGAUCAGCCGGACACUUUUGACAGAAUGGACGUGGACAAGCUGAGUGGGCUGUGGAGCCGCAUAUCCCAUCUUAUACUGCCUGUGAAUAUGGAGGAGCACAUGGAGAAAGGUGGCUGUGACAGGAAGUGAUAAUGACACUGGAGGAUCAUGGACUCCUCUAUUAUCACCGAAAGAGAUAAUAAUGAAUGAGAGAGAAUAAGUCUGAGUAAUGGAGAGGGCAUGUCAGUCCUUCAGAUUCGUCCUCGGUCUUUCCUGAUUUAGUGAGGGAUGAGUCCUUAACUUCACUUGCACUUUUGUCGCUAUAAAGAAAGAGACGCUUAACACUUUGGAAGUGAUUGAAGAGUAAUGUGAAGGCGAAUUAAGAAAGCAUUCCAAAGUGUAAAAAAAAAAAAAUUUGAAGUGUUCUUAGUUUUAAUAAAUUUCAUGUGAUUACUUCAAAUGUGCCUUUUAAAUAAAAAAAAUAAUAAAUGCAA